CCAUCACAGUUCCCUCAAAUUGAGACACCAGGCGGUGGUACGGCGAUGCAUGCUGUUGCACCAGGAACAAGUCAAGAGAAUCUCACCACAAGUUGGCCUGCACUCCAUAUUAGUACCGCUACUUCGCCACAACCACAAUCGGAACAUAUACGACAAUCGCGUCAGGAGCGAUCACCUCAACCUGAACCGCCUCCACGAAUGCGAGCACCAUCACCACCUCGAUCGCCUGUGUAUUCAUUUGCUGGACGAGAUUCACCGCCUGAUGAGUUCAUCCAACCAUCGAAGGUCACCUUGAAUGUAUUUAAUCCGGGUCGAUUUGAUCCGUUUCCAAUCGAAACUGGGCUUCGCCGUUCACAAAGUGAAAAUGCAGAUGCUCUUAUCAAUGACACUGUCACUACAACGACCACAGUAGAAGUUUUCCGGACACCGCUAGACCCAGCUCAUCCAGAUCGAGUUGUAACAUUACCACCACCUCCUGUACCUAGCAUUGACGACCGGCCCCAGUUGUUAAGGGUUAACGGCCCGGGAUACGAGAAGUGGAGCAGUCACAGGUUAAUUAGCAACAGUUGA